AACUGGUGUGUGUGUGAGAGAGAGGGAGUGAAAGAGCGAGAGAGGGGUGGGUGGGGGACGGACGGAUACAAGCUGCAGUUGUGUGUGUGUUUUUAAAGCCCCUUGGCAUUUUUAUUCUACUCCCUGGAUCGGUUGAGGCGGCGUUUAUAUAUAUAUUUUGCAUUAUUGUUACAAGACGGCGCGUGGUGGCGGAGUCGUCGUGGAUUUUUUUUUUACAAAAACAUUAUUACUAUUAAGCAGAGCUCUAUUUUUUUUAAUUAAAACGAGAAGAUGAACAAGCUGUACAUCGGGAACCUGGGCGAAAACGUGAGCCCUCUGGAACUAGAAAGUCUCUUUAAAGAGUCCAAGAUCCCUUUCACCGGCCAGUUUCUCGUGAAGACAGGAUACGCGUUCGUGGACUGCCCCGAUGAGAACUGGGCUAUGAAGGCCAUCGAGGCACUUUCAGGUAAAGUUGAACUGCAUGGUAAACUCAUAGAAGUUGAACAUUCAGUUCCCAAAAGACAAAGGAGUCGAAAACUUCAAAUCAGAAAUAUCCCGCCACACUUGCAGUGGGAGGUGCUAGACGGAUUGUUAGCACAGUAUGGAACAGUGGAGAACUGUGAGCAAGUGAAUACGGAGACAGAGACUGCAGUAGUUAAUGUAACAUAUGGCAAUAAGGAUCAGGCCAGACAAGCCAUAGAAAAACUGAACGGAUUCCAGCUUGAAAACUAUUCACUUAAAGUUGCAUAUAUUCCUGAUGAAAUGGCAGCACAGCCACCUCCUCAACAGCAUCCACAGGGGAGACGUGGAUUUGGGCAGAGGGGUCCUCCCAGGCAAGGUUCGCCUGGUGCAGGUACAAGGCAAAAACCGCAGUCUGAUGUUCCACUACGGAUGCUGGUUCCUACCCAGUUUGUAGGAGCCAUUAUUGGAAAAGAAGGAGCCACCAUAAGAAACAUCACAAAACAGACACAGUCAAAAAUUGAUAUUCAUCGUAAAGAAAAUGCAGGGGCUGCUGAAAAACCAAUUACGAUCCAUUCUACUCCAGAAGGGUGCUCAACCGCUUGUAAAAUUAUCAUGGAGAUAAUGCAGAAGGAAGCGCAGGAUACUAAAUUUACAGAAGAAAUUCCCUUGAAGAUACUAGCACAUAACAAUUUUGUUGGCCGCCUCAUUGGCAAAGAAGGAAGGAAUUUGAAGAAAAUUGAGCAGGACACAGACACUAAGAUCACAAUAUCCCCAUUACAGGACUUGACGCUCUAUAAUCCAGAAAGGACCAUUACAGUUAAAGGCAGUAUUGAAACAUGUGCCAAGGCUGAGGAGGAAAUAAUGAAGAAAAUCAGGGAGUCGUAUGAAAAUGAUAUAGCUGCUAUGAAUCUUCAAGCACAUUUAAUUCCAGGAUUGAAUCUGAAUGCCUUGGGUCUCUUCCCACCUUCUUCUUCAGGGAUACCACCUCCCACAGUAGGUGUUGCUUCAGCUGCUUCUGCCUCUUCAUAUCCUCCAUUUGGGCAACAGCCAGAGUCUGAGACUGUUCAUCUGUUCAUCCCAGCCUUGGCAGUGGGUGCCAUUAUUGGCAAGCAGGGGCAACACAUCAAACAACUCUCUCGUUUUGCAGGUGCAUCCAUUAAGAUUGCACCUGCCGAAGGACCAGAUGCAAAGCUGAGAAUGGUGAUAAUCACUGGACCGCCAGAGGCACAGUUCAAGGUACAGUGUUCAGCAACUAUCUGGCUCUUGUGCUAUCUAGACUUUCAUUAAUAGUUGCAAGACAAAACAUGAAUAGUUGAGAGAAGGUGAAAAUCCUUCUGCCUCG